AUGUCAGCCUACAUUCCUUGUACAAAAGACCCCGGUAACAGCCUGAGGAUGGAGGCGACGCCCGUGCUGGUCCCGGGCCCGGCUUCGAGGAGGAUCGUGGGCCUCGUGCAGAUGCCCCUGGAAGGCAGCCGCGGGGACUGGUGGGAGGAGGGUGAACCGGCGGAGGGCAGCGGCAUGCUGGGCAGGGGCAAGAGGGACUACAGCCUCGAGGAUUUCUUCCUGUGGAUGGCUUCAGGCGACGGCCCCUCCGAGGAGUGGCAGCACAGGCCGCGCGACACUUCUUGGUUCCACGAGAUCACGACCACCACUGUGUUCCUGACCACCACGGUUUACACCACAGUUAUCCCUUCCCCGUUCACGCCUUCCACGAUCCUACCCACCAUGGCCUCCUCUGAACACAUCAAUCCUACGAAGCUCUACGAAGGAUCUGCUUCGCAAGGAGUGAGCUCGAGCAUUGACCCGCAGAAGGGCGAAGGGAAGGACCUGGGCGAGGACGGGCAAGGGGGCGCUACGAAGAACGGCUCCGAUGUGCACGAACGGCCUCAGAGCGACUAUCCGCAAUCAGGGCACAGUGGGAACCAGAUCCCAGGCUCGUCAAGCAGUAAAGACCAGAGCCAUGACAAGGGAGGCAAGACGAACUACAUCACGGUCACGAAGACCAUCACGUCCCCGCCGACGCUCUUCUCCACGAGGCCUUCGACGACCAGUCCCGCCGUCACCUCCCGACGAGUCGAGCUAUGA